UUUUUUUUUUUUUUUUAGCAAUCGAUAAAGUUGAGUGGGUGAACAUUUGAGAAUAUCCAACUUCACCAUUGCGACAUCUUGGUGCUUUGCAAUCAUGAAAAUAAAGGCCUUAAGCCGUUCAGUUGCGGCAUACCAGCCGCCUGGAUCCGAUGUCCCAAAGGCGCCUCGUAACCUUGACCCAGCCAUCCAUCCAUUCGAGAGAGCACGAGAAUAUACACGCGCUCUUAAUGCUGUAAAACUCGAGCGCAUGUUUGCCCAGCCUUUUGUCGGCCAACUCGGAAAUGGGCACGUUGAUGGUGUUUACUCGUUAGCUAAGGAUCCCAAUUCACUCGACAGACUUGCAUCCGGUUCCGGCGAUGGUGUGGUGAAAUGCUGGGGCCUGACUGGAAGGGACCAAGUGUGGAAGACCACGGCGCAUGAGAAUAUUGUCAAGGGGAUGGCUUGGACAACAGACCAGAAGCUUCUUACAUGUGCCGCAGAUAGGUCGAUCAAGAUCCACGACCCGUACAAUACUCCUGACGAUUCGGCGCCUAUCCACUCUUGGCUCGGCACGAAUGCCUUCACAAGCCUAAGCGUACAUAGAUCGAGAAACGCCUUCGCGGUUGCCUCUGAUGUUAUAUCUGUCUACGACCUUGACCAGUAUACUGCUGCGCCGGAAAUUCUCCGUUGGCCCUCGUCUGGCGAGACAAUAAACUCGGUCGCUUUCAACCAGAGUGAGACCUCCGUGAUUGCAUCUUGCUCUACGGACAGAUCCAUUAUCCUUUAUGACCUUCGCACAUCAUCGCCACUCGCACGCACUUUCCUCAACUUUAGCUGCAAUAAGUUAUCUUGGAACCCAGUCGAACCAAUGAACUUUGCUGCGGCCAGUGAAGAUCAUAACGUGUACUUGUUUGACAUGCGUAAAUUUGACCGAGCGCUCAAUGUACUCAAAGACCAUGUAGCAGCGGUCAUGGAUGUGGAGUUCUCACCCACAGGACAGGAGCUUGUCACAGCUUCUUACGACCGUACCAUUCGACUAUUUGAACGCGACCAAGGACAUUCAAGAGAUGUGUAUCACACCAAGCGAAUGCAGAGAGUUUUCUGCGCACGAUGGACCCCGGAUGCCAAGUAUUUGUUGAGUGGAUCAGAUGAUGGAAACAUUCGUCUUUGGAGGGCGAAUGCUUCUAAACGAGAAGGUGUCAAGUCUGCCCGACAGCGACAAGCACUCGAGUACAACGACACACUAUCUGAAAGAUUCAGCCACAUGCCCGAGAUAAGGCGAAUCAAGCGCCAUAGACAUCUUCCAAAGGUCGUGAAGAAGGCGGGCGAGAUUAAGAAGGAGGAACUCAAGGCAAUCAAACGACGAGACGAAAACGAGAGGAAGCACACUAAGAAGCAAUUCGAGAAGCGGAAGAGUGAACGAGACAAGGUGAUACUGGCAAGGGAGAAGUAAUGGCAUUUAAAAGAAGAUACUGAAGGUCGUCCAUAUGGGACUUUCAGUAACUGCAUUUCAAAGGGCGUUAUAAGGUUGGCAAAAACUGUGGGAACUUGGUUCAUGGUCAUGUCCACAUUUUGAUGAUGGAUAAAGACUUGAAGCUAUUCGGAGUUUCCAUCAUGAGAUGAAUAAUACGAAGAUACCCAGAUACAUCUCUAUACCUAGUACAUAUGCCAACAUUGAACGGUACAUGUAGUAACAUUGAAGGGCCAAAAGUAGCCAAAAGUCGUACAUAAGAAAGUC